AUGGCCCGCAUCUCCGACGCCAUUUGCACUGACCAUAGCGAUCUGCAGUCAUGCUACGAUCGUAUCGUCACCGCCGACGACCCAGACGAGCAGACCCGCUACCAGAAUCAAUGGACGUGGGAACUCGCGCGACAUGUUGUGGGCGAAGAAGCGGUGCUCUUCCCAGCGUUGGAAACCCACCUAGGGCCUGGUGCAACCUCUCAGGAUCGGCGCCAACACCAGAUGAUCAAACAAAGACUCCAGGUCUUCCAAGAUCUCUCCGCCGAAGACCCGCGCUUUCUGCCCACGUUGACCCUGCUCAUGGAUGAUUUCGCGUCCCAUGUCCAAGCUGAAGAGGCGCAGGUUUUGGUGAAGUUGGAAAACGCCAUCAGUGCCGAGGAGAGCGCGCGGCUGGCCAAAUCCUUUGAUCGUACUAAAUUUCUAGCACCAACAAGGGCGCACCCGGCUCUGCCGGAUCAGCCACCAUACCAGACCAUCGUCGGCUUGAUGGCUGCGCCAUUGGAUUAUCUGCAGGACCUAUUUCGCAAGUGGCCAGACCACGUGCCGAGUUUGACGAUGGAAUAG